AUGGAAGCCGAAAAUAGGGUCAAAAUCGCCAUCAUUGGGACCGGCCUCAUUGGUCCCAGACACGCUCUCAGCGUUCAAUCCUGCCCGGACGCGGUCCUACUCUGCAUCGUAGACCCACGACCCGAGGCGCAAUCCGUAGCGGACGAGUUCAAUGUGCCCCAUUUCCACAGCAUCCUGCGCAUGCUGCAGGGACGAUGCAUCCCAGAUGCGGCCAUCGUCUGCACGCCGAACAGCACCCAUGUGGCCCUAGGAGCGGAGCUUCUCAACAAUGGCAUCGCCGCGCUGGUGGAGAAACCCGUGUCAAUUGACGUGGCUUCGGGCAGGGAGCUGACUGACAUUGCCCGCCGGGUUGGGAAGCCCCUCGUAAUCGGCCAUCAUCGCCGCUUAAAUCCCUUCGUAAGUGCUGCGAAAGCCGCAUUGGCAGCCCACAGUAUCGGUCAACCGAUCGCCGUGUCCGGUCUGUGGAUACUGAAGAAGCCGACAUCCUACUUCGAACCUCCGACCGACUGGCGAGCAAAGUCCGGCUCUGGCGGUCCGAUUCUGAUCAACUUGAUCCACGAGAUUGACAUCCUCCACUUCCUCCUCGGCCCAAUCGUGCGCGUACACGCCGAGAAAACCCUGUCCCGGCGCGGUCACGAUGUGGAAGAAGGCGUGGCAAUGCUCUUCCGCUUCGCCUCUGGUGUCGUGGGAACAUUCAUCCUGUCAGACAAUAUUCCCUCAGCACACAACUUCGAGAGCGGAACAGGUGAGAACCCGAUGAUCCCGAAGGGAGGGAAGGACUUUUACCGAAUCUUCGGCACUGAAGGUACGCUGAGUGUCGGAGAUAUGAAGUUGACAAGGUAUGGUGAAGGAGUGGAGAUGAGAUGGGAGAAUGCUUUGCAGGUGGAGGAAGUGGCUGUGGCAGGCGAAAUUCCCUUUGAUGAGCAGGUCAAGAACUUUGUCGACGUUGUGAGAGGUCGGGAGGAGCCAAGAUGUUGUGGCGAGGAUGGCUUGAAGGCGAUGAUUGUUUGUGACGCUGUUAUGAGAGCGAUGGAGAGCGGGAGUCCUGUCGAUAUUGAUGUAUGA